CGUUGACCCACUUCCAAAGCAAAACAAUCUGUUCUUCAGCCUUCAGGUAACAACAGUAUAAUUGAGUUUUCACACUAAUGGAAGAAGAAGAAGAAACGGAUAGAAUAAGUAUACUAGCUGGGGCUGUGUCUCCCACAGGUAGCGCAUCUUCCACAAUGCUGAGCAGCUUGGAAACUAGUCCUGACCCCAUUGGAAGCCCAGAGGAAUGCUCUAGCUCUGAGUCCAUGAUACAAAACUCCCCUAGAGACUCUCAUAACAUGUCCAGGCGAUCGCGAAAACAAGGGGAGAAGUUAAGACGAGAGAAACUAAACAGCCUUGUAUCGCAGCUUGCGGAGGAAAUUCCUAUGGUGAAGCAUGCUCACAGACGCCUCGACAAGUCCGCCAUUCUCCGCCUAACUGUCAACUUUAUGAAGCUUAACCUAGGUUUGAAACAGAAGUUGUCCAGGACACACACGAUCCAUGAGAUUGGCUUGCUGAGUUGGAUAAAGAGGGUCACGAGAAACACGAUGUUUAUAAUAUCUUCUUGUGGUACCAUCCUUUACGUGUCUCCUAAAGUACUGGAUAUAACCGGCUUCCACCAGACAGACAUGAUUGGGUUUCAUAUUGACAAGUUUGUUCACCCCGAGGAUGUAGAAGUUUUGAUGGGCCAGUUUGUAAAUGGCCCAAAAUCGCCUGUCUUUACGGCUAUGUUUAAGUCAGACGGUGAAAAUACCUUACCAGAGUAUUUGGAGCAGCUAGAAGGGGAAGGUAACUGCUUCUUUGUACGCUUCCUGCAGUCGUUAAAGAAGAAACAACGCCUAGAAGGUGCCCCGGAGUACGAGACCAUGAUGGCUCACACACACUGUGAACAACAUUCCUACCUCAACACAGAAAACGAAUUAUGGCUGAUAACAGUGGUGAAGCCUUUGAAGCAAGAACUCGUUUGUGAGGUUGAAACGAAGAUCGCCGAGUUUACCCGCAAUGAUGAGUGGGCCACCAUGCAUGAUAUGGACAGCAAAAUUGUUGCCCAGGAUAACAGGUCCGCCUUGUACAGCGGGUUCAUGCCGAGUGAGGUGGUUGGAAAGAUGCCAUUUGCCUUCAUAGACGACUCAGAUCUGGAAUCUGUUGCCCUCAGUCAUCAAAUUAUCAUGAAGGAUGGUGAGAUUGCAUCUACGGUAUUCCGCAUGAAGAAUGUGAUGAACACCCCACUCUACAUCAGAUCUCAGUCCAUCAUCGUCCUCGACAAGUGGACAAAGAAACCCAAAGGCAUUAUGAGCAUCAACAGGGUUCUUACAGAAGAGGAGGGGAUAUUUUUGUUGGAGCAGCAGAAAAAAAAAGUGACAGACCAUUUUUUAAUGGAAAACCAGUCUGGGGACAGUGAAACAGACAACCAUUCUGAAGCUGGGUCUGAUCAGACGGAAGUGUAUGGGAAGGAGUGUACAUGUGGUGGUGAUCCCAGGAACACUGAUGUAUUGUGCAAAGUCCACAUGCCACUUGGGAAACCACUGUGUGAGGUUUACGAGCUUAGGGCCAAGCAGAUUUGGGAUGACUUUGAAAGUAGUUCUUUAGAUAGUUGCUCAAACAUCUCUGCAGGGGUGGAGAAACGAGCUUUCGAGUGCUUAGGUUCAGAUGAAAAUGUUACUAAAAAAUAUAACAAGCUCAUAUCAAAGAGUGUCUGUGACACGGAUGCCCCUGUUAGCAGGAGGGAUGUGCCUUCUAGAUAUCUAAGGGAAGUGCCUUCUAUGUCACUGAGGGAUUUGUUAAGUCUGGGCUUACCAGUAGCAGCAACUCAAAACUCUAUUAAUCAAAUGAAUACCACAGAAAACAAUACUCUAGAAAAAGUGAAAUCCUUACCGCUUUUAAAAAACCUUCUGAAAAAGGAAGAGAACAGCCUGGCUAAAUAUAAAGGGGGAAGUGAAGUGUCUAUGGGGAGCUUAGAUAGUCAUUUGAGUGAUAGUGCGUGUUCAAACUUUUCUGACCCCCAGUCAGAGCAUAGACGGGCAGACAUGCAGGAUUCCUUCAGCUUGGACAGUCCAAACCAAGCAAAUUCAGAGGAGAAUGUGCGUUUGAACAGCUUUAACAUUGCAAAUAGUACAGAUGUUCAGUCCCCAACCGUAGGUUCAAGCCAAUACGAGAACGUAAAGUGCAGAUUUGCCUCCCAGCUGCUCAUGAAGCAUGUCAAGCUACGGGAAACGCUCGACAACCAGAAAUCUAACCUUGAAUAUAUACGAGGUGUCAUCCAGGGCAGUGAGAACAACAUAGAGCUGGACAUCAGUCAAAUAGAGCUUCACAGGAGUUUGAUGAUGAAACUCAUGGCUGCCGAGAACCAUGUGGACGCCCACACCAAGCUCCUGCAAGACCUGGAACAAGAAAUGAGUCUGCUGUGAAAACAGCAAAGGAAAAGCACAUGAAUGAAACAUUGCAGCAAAUACAUGUAUUUGGUUGUAUUAUCUUACCAUAUCCAGUCAGGAGAUUCAUUAGUUGUCUGGUGUUGCAUGAUAUUGUUGUAAAUUAAAUUUUUGUCACAAAUUAAAUUUUUGUAACAAGAUCUCGUCAGUUAUUAUAAUUUUUUUAAUAGUAGGUCAUGUGUUUUGAUUUUCAUCCCAUUACUAGUCAUAUAUUUUCAUGGUUAAUCUCUGUGGUAAUACUUUAAGCUGUAUUAUACAUUGAUGUGAGAAUAUAAUUUUCAUGAAGUUGAGCAUUCUGUAGUAAAAGAAUUGAGCAACUGUGUUUUAGGAAUUCAUGUACAAUAACUAAAGUACGUGAAAGCUAAAUAGAAAUGUGUUCUACUUUGACUGAAAUGUAUUUAUUUAUGUGACUUGUAAAUGUGUUCAUUAAAACAGAUAUAAAAGACAGCAAUUAUUAUUGAAAGUUAACGAAGCAUAUUAUAAUGACAUUGAUAGAAGAUUUUAUGGAUUAUGAAAAAAUGUCACUUGACAAUUUAAAUAUUAAUAUGUAAGAUUUUUAAAUAAAUUGUUUAGAUUCCACAUGGUGAAGCUGUGUGAUAUGGUGAUUACAAAGUGUUUUUGUUAAUUUCUUAUGUAUGGAAAACGACAUGAAAUCUGAAACAUAUUGUUUAGAGUGCUAUAUUGUCAUGAUAAUAUUAUGAAAACUUGUGUUUUGAAUUAUGAUAUAGAAGUUUAAACAAAAACAUGUCACAAAUUUUAUGAUUUAAGUGAUUACAGGGUAUUUUUUUAUAUACAUGUAUUGUCAAGUAACACUUGCAUUUCCACUGUAUUUAGUGAUAUUUUCCAUUAAAAGGAACUUGAUUGAUUUUCUUCUUUACAAGUUCACUGUUACUGUUCACUAUACUGUUCCAUUAAUAAAAGCACAUUUAAAGAUAUCAGCAUCCUAACUGUUGAAAACUAUUUGGAAAUGUAUUUUACUAUGUAUGUGUUCAAUGUUUUUUGUUGUCCAUGAGACGGACAUGUUAUACUUGGACAUAUAAUAAACAACACCUGUAGUAACAAUGUAUACAAAUAUUCUGACAGUAAAUCCAAAAACCAUUUUGUACUUUGUGCUGUGUAAUUGCUCAUUGAAUCCAAUAAAAUAUUGCUCAAUAUCUCAUGAAUGGAUUAAAUAUCAUUUUGUUAUUUUUCUUUUGAAAUCAAGCCAAUAUUUAUAACAUAUCUUGUAAAACAUUUUCUAUUCAAAGAUAAUUAUUUUUUUCAAGGGAAACAUUCAUGUGUUUUAAAGCUGCACUCUCACAGAUUGAACAUUUUUUGACAACUUUUUUAUUUUUUGUCUUAGGACAAGCCAUUUUGUGAAAUUGCCUGGAAACCAGUUAUAUAAGACAGCUGACAAAUAAUAGAUCGCAGAUUUUUAUAUUUCAGUUCAAAAAUUGAUGUUUUAUGCAAUUUUCUUAAACCGUUAGUAACGGUUUAUGCCAUACAACAUUAAUUUUCGAACGGAAAUAUGAAAAUCUUCAAUCUGAUCUUUUGUCAGCAAUCUUUUAUCAUUGGUUUGCAGAUAUUUAUGCAAAAAUUGCUCUUUCCAAGACAAAAAAUAAAAAAGUUGUAAAAAUGGUAUAUCUGUGAGAGUGCAGCUUUAAAGUGUACUGUAUGUUGCUUUAGCUAUUGACUCCACAUAAUUAAAGCUCUAAGCCAAGCCAAGCCAAGCCAAGUUUUAUCAUUCAAACAUGAUGCUAAUUUGUUGUGCCAAAAUAAAUAUUUAGUCAUAAAACAUAUUUUUAAAAUUACCUUUAAUAUCUUAGAAAUGUUUCUGUGCUCAACAUUAUGAAUAUGUUACUGAUAUUGUUAACGUUUCGAAAUUUUACUAUUUUGGUGUUACUAGCCUGUUUUGAAUAUCUAUUUUGAAUACGAUAUAUUUACUGUGUUUUAUUUCAUAUCAUGAUUAUGACUUUUAUAAUGUUGGUUAUACAUAUUUGGAAGUUUAUUUAAGAAAUGUUUAGUAGACUGAAAAGUUUAGAGUUUUCUCUCUAUAUAAUAUAUAUAUACAUAUGAUAAUUUGUUUUUACUUUAUGAUUGUAAAUUUCUUGUGUGUUGACUAAGCAUAUAAGUCACUAUUUACUAUUAACAUUUCAAAAAAUGAUGUGUAUAGCUCCACAUUCCAUCCAUCUUACUAAAACAAAACAUGUUUGUAUUUAUCAUUUUAGGCCUAAAAAGUUUAAUGUUUUUUAUUCCACGUGCCUCACCGACCCAUUUUUAGCUCGACUAUUCAAAGAAUAAGGAGAACUAUACUACUCACCCAAGUGUUGGCGUCGACAUCACACCUUGGUUUAGGUUUUGCAUGCAAGCACAUUUAAGUCAUUAUCUCAGUAAAUACAUCAUGUAUUGCAUUGAAACUUUAGAUAUGUAUUCCCAACUAUCUAACCUACUAAAUUAAUGAAGUUAGAUAACACAUUUUUUUGAUAUAAUGCAAAUUAUGGGCCUAUUAUUUGACUUAGAAAUUCUGGUUAAGGUUUUGCAUGUAAGCACACAUUGCUUAAUAUCUCAGUAACUUCUUGGUGUAUUGCAUUGAGACUUUAUACAAUAGUAUUCAACCACCCAACCUACUUGAAUAACCAAGUAAGAUAACUCUUGUUUGCAUUAAAUUCAAAUUAUGGCCCUGUGUUAUUCGACAAAGAAAUUCGAAUACAUCAUGUAUUGCAUUGAAACUUUAUACACAGACUCCCAGCAAUUCUGCAAAUAAUGGCCCUUUAUUAUUGGACUUAGAAAUUCUGGUUAAAAUUUUGCAUGUAACCACAUUCAUGUUAAUAUCUCAGCAAAUACAUCAUGUAUUGCAUUGAAAUCUAAUCUAAUUUUACAGUGAUCCAUGUUUCGCCAAAACUUUUCAAUCUUUACACUGAAAAGCAGCGUAAUAGUCCAGCGCGCUGUCCCUGUGACAGCUCUUGUUUUCCUCACAACCCUACAUUUUUUUGCCAUAGUGUGCAUUUAUUUUCAUCAUUUGCCUUAAACAUGAGCAUUAGCAUUAUUUGAGUGAACAUGUUAAAAUUUUGCCAUUUUGUAUUAAACAUUUUCUACAACAAAGAUUUAUCCUGUAUAAAACAAAAAAAAUAUAUGACUACCUACCUUCUCUAUUGUUUUUGGAGAUUUAAAAAAGCACAUUAUUUUGCCUUACGAGGCUUGUAGUGUAGAAUAAGACUGGUUCUGUACAUCAAGCAUGCACCCUAGGCUGUCUCUGUGCUCAAGUUGAAUGGGGCCAGGUUCGGGGCCCUUCCAACAGCGAAUUUUGCCAGAACGAAGGAAAUUCGAAUUAACGCAAAUUAUUCUUACUGGAGGUAUUCUAAAAUAAAAUUAAGUGUUUCUUUGCUAAUGUAUUUCAGGUUUUGAUCAAUUUUUCUCUUCACAUUUUUUUUUGAUGGGGAUUAAGCAACAGAAAGACAGCACUGCACCUUGUUGUAUAAAUAUUGAAAAUUACUUAUACAUUUAAAAUGUCAGGAUAUGUUUAGAGGAUAAUUCUGAAAAAUGUUAUAGAAUACAUUGUAGCUAUGUUCGAAUGGUCACAUUUAGCCCAUUGUAUUGUGUAUUGCAUCUGUAUAUUUGAGUGUGUUAUAACCUGAAAAAUAAAUCAAUUGAUAAGUCAAGUGUUACUCACAAGAAAAUAUUGUCUUGUAAUACCUUAAAAGAAAGAUUAUCAUAGCUGUGACAAUUUAGUAACAAAAGCAUUUCUAAAAUACAUGUUCCACCAUCAACCUUAAUUUGCCAUUAUAUUUGUACAAUAUUUGAAUUUUAUAUUAAUAAUGUUAUACUGAAUCUGUUAUUGAUUGGUCUAUUUGUUUGUACCAAGAGGAUUGGCUUUAAAUUUCGGAAAACCAAAUGAUGAUUGGUUACAGAUUUACUGUAGAACAGCUCAUCCAGCAAUAUAGAUAUGACUGUAUAUCUGAUGUUGUUCACAAUAACACACCAAGAAUAUAUAUGUUUGCUUUUGUGAACAGUUACUCGAUUCAUAUAUUCAAAGAUAUAUUUCAUGGAAGACAAACCAUAUGUUAGUGAUGCUUAUUUGUUGUUGUUGUUGUUUAUUGUAUUUGACAACAAAUGUAAUUGAUUUUAAUUUGUGUAGACUCUUGAAAGGCAGCUAUAGUGUUCAUCUUGUUUUAUCCCAUUAUCUAUGAAACUCAUAUUUUCUAGGUCUUUUAGUUUACUUCAUUAUCUGUUUCCGUAGUAACUGAGGAAAAUAUAUGUCAAUUUAGAAACCUGGGAAAGAAGUGUAGAUGUACCAUGUAAACAAGUAUCCCUUAUCUUGUACAUUGAAGACAUACCAUUGGAAUUAAUGCCAUGUUAAAAAAAUAUAUGCAUGGAUAUCUCAGACAUUUUUUCAGUCUGACAGGAGUUCUUUUUCACUUAUAGUUAAAAUAGAGGGACUUGCAAAAAUGUAACACACAUUCAUGAUUGAAAUGCUGGAUAUUUUUUUUUGUGCAUACAUACACCUAAAUGUAUACUGGCAUCCUGCAAUCACAGUUGUCGCAUUUGCACAGGUUUUGUGAUUAUUUUGUUAAAGGCGAAAUUGAUAUUGUCCAGCUGAAAAAUAUCCGAAAUACACAUCAAGAUUUUGUUGACAUAUGAUGUUUUAACAAUGUGGUAUACACUUCAUAUGAUUAUGUUAAUGUUGAAGAGUAGAUUAGUGCAGAAUGAGUUAACCUGUAUUACCGUAUAUAAACUAAACAGUCCUGACGUGCUGGUUAUCAUGACAGAAGUGUCGUAUUACAUAAGAUUAUAUACAUUUGGAAAAAGUAACAGACGAUAUUAACUUUGUCUACAACGAUCUUAUGUCUAUGAUCUUAUGUCUAUGAUCUUACGUCUAUGAUCUUAUGUCUAUGAUCUUAUGUCUAUGAUCUUACGUCUAUGAUCGCAUCAUGUACAUUUGAGAUACAGAGGGAUAUUUCAUUACAUCAUGUGCCAAUUUUCAGAACCUGGAGCAUUUGAGGAAUGUCUUCUUGCAUACAGUUGUUCAGCUAGUGUACUUCUCACACCCUGACAAAUGGGAAAUACUAACACAAAUAUAGAAGUGUUGUUUGUCCUGUUAAAAUAUUAUGUUUCAGUUUGAUAUAUUUUUUACAGACAUUUGUUUUCCAAUUUAUGUGGAACCAAUGAUCAUGUCCAUGUAGGUUAGAACAUGUGCAUUAUGUUUUCUGCUGGGAUUACAUGUUAUAACAUUUUUUUCUUAUCAUUAUCAAUCUAUGAAUACAGUCAUAUAAUCAACUGUCUUGCCAUCAAAAACUACUUUCAUUAAGUUUCAUUUUUGUAAGUGGAUAUUCCCAAAGGAUGUACUAUUUGUGAUUAACUUCUACAGAAUGGAGCUAAUUGUACAUAAUUAUAGAAUGUAUAUUUACAAAGUAUUGUAUGAUGUUGUACCAGGAGAGGAAGAUCAAAAAUCCCAAUCAUAACAAUUCAACUCAAGUAUGAGCGAUUCAGUCUCAAGCUAGUUACAGGGUGUACACACCUGUUUAAACAGUUUUAAAGUGACACUCUUAUUCAAAAUCAAUACAUAUACAAAUAUAACAAACACUAAUUUUGACUGAUAAACUUCUAACUACCUCUGUGUAUCUAAUAUCAGAAAGCGCAAAAAAUAUCAAAUGAUUAGUGAAUGCUAAAAGAUUUACUGUGGUCUACGAUAGCUUCAUAUGGUAGAAAUACCGUGUUUUAUACUAAAUUCUUUCAAAUUAAACUCAGUAAGAACCAUUGAUUUUGACAUUUAUUCAUCCUUUUUGGAAGAUUAAAAUAAUACUAUUAGUUGUGAUAAAUCUUAUUUGGGAGUAAGAGUGCAUCUUUAUAGGCAUCCAUUUAAAUAUCCAUUUUAAGGCACUUCUUGGUAUUUUAUAUGCAAAUGUCCAGCAAAAAAAAACACCUAGCAAAUAGCAUCUCUCCGUCCUGAUUUCAGGUCUAUUCCUGAACUGUACCAUCCCUGUGUUGUCUGUUAUAAGUACAGGUCAUGUUUAUUGUAAGCAUUUAUAUUGUAACAACUUUGUUUUCAAUUAUAUUUUACUAGUAAAGCGAAUGGUUCUUGGACAUAUAGUAUUUUUUCUAAAUAUAUAUUUUUUUUAUUUUUGAAGAUAUCUGAAUAUAAUUUUCUUUAUAAUGAACUUCAGCUUUUCCUCUUUUCAAAUACUACAAAAUGAAAUGGAGUUAAUAAUUCUACUUUGUUUUCUCUGGUUUCGAAAGAUGUAUACGAAAGAGGUACCCAGUAUACAAAAGAGGUCAAAUUCUUGUUCAAUAGUAGUAGUUCUCGUUUUAAAUGUAAUUUUUAAACUGUGGCAAAAAUUGUGACUGUCCGAUAACAACUACUGUCUGAGGAAUUCUACUGUCCGAUAACAACUACAGUCCGAGGACUUUUACUGUCCGAUAACAACUGCUGUCCGAGGAAUUCUACUGUCCGAUAACAACUACUGUCAGAGGACUUCUACUUCCGAUAACAACUACUGUCUGAGGACUUCUACUGUCCGAUAACAACUACCGGUACUGUCUGGGGACUUCUACUGUCCGAUAACAACUACUGUCCGAGGACUUCGACUCUGUCGGAGACCAACUACUGUCUGAGGACUUCUACUCUGUCCGAUAACAACUACUGUAUGAGGACUUCUACUGUCUGAGAACUACUACUGUCUGAGGAUUUCUACUGUCCGAUAACAACUACUGUCUGAGGAUUUCUACUGUCCGAUAACAACUACUGUCUGAGGAUUUCUACUGUCCGAUAACAACUACUGUCUGAGGACUUCUACUGUCUGAGAACUACUACUGUCUGAGGAUUUCUACUGUCCGAUAACAACUACUGUCUGAGGAUUUCUACUGUCCGAUAACAACCACUGUCUGAUAGUGUUUGAAAAUCGGACUCCAUUUGCGGACUCUCAUAUGGGUGAUGCUAUAGUCAUGCUUUUUGCAACAGUAAGUAAUUUUCAAUGACCCUUUACUGUCUGAGAACUACUACUGUCUGAGGACUUCUACUGUCUGAGGACUUCUACUGUCCGAGAACAACUACCGGUACUGUUUGAGGACUUUUACUGUCCAAGAACAAAUUCUGUCUGAGAACUACUUACCUAUUGGUUACUUAAUAAGAAAUGACUACAGUCGAAACCAUGUUGGCUCAAACUGCUUUGCUCAAAAUCCUCGCUGGGUCAAGGGAUGUAAACGACAGAUUUCUUUAUGCUGAAUGUAGGCACUCCCGCUUGGCUCAAAUUUUUCGAGGCUCGAGGUGUUUUUGUCGGUCCCUGUGAGCCAACAGGGUUCCACUGUAUAUUUAUUUUGUUGAUUGUUGUAAUCAUAUGUUGACAAUGGUUGUUUAUUGUUUUGUUGAUUGUCGUACCCAUGUGUUUACAAUGGUUGUUCAUUGUUUUUUGACGAUUGUUAUAUAGUCUUUUAUAACUGUUAUAACUAAUUUGCAAAUAUUCCCAAGAUUACAUUUUUUCACACAAACUAUAAUAUAUCUAAGUACCAUGUUAAGCAGUCACACAAAAGUUUUACUUUGCCAAAUUAAUCCUGUAAGAACUGAAUUUCUAUCAGUGGUUUUAACUGUCAUUCUGGAAUUCUGGAUUUAAGAAUUGCCAACCAAUUCAGUCUGGUAAUUUUGCUUUUUGCUAUUUGUCUUGCCAAAAAGAAACACAUUUAUUUAUUUUUUAAAAGUCAUUAUGAUUCUCAGAUGAGGGAUAAUAGAGCUGUUAAUGCCCUCAUGUGUAUGCAUGUUGACAGAUCAUGGUGUUUCUAGCCGGACAGAACCACAAGGGAACCCUAGUUGUGUUUUAACACUGAUGUGGUGUAUGAGAAUAAUUUUCAUGAAUAAAUUUUCACCAUUAAUGAUUUAGGUCAAGUAACAUUCUUGCAGGUUAAAGCCAAUCUUGGUUUUUAUAAAAUAAACAAAUACACAACUGUGCUAGAACUCUUUUCUUCAGUCAAGAAUCAUGGGAUAGCCCCCAAUACACUACUGUGCUAUGCUUCUUUGUGUACCGUGGCUAGGAAACUCUCAAAUUUAUGAAUAUUAAUGAGGCAAUUUUAUUUGUUCUGCAAUGUACAAAUACUGAAAUAUUCACACACAGUGAAAAAAAAACUUAGGGGAAAGCUGGAUUUCAACUCGGCCCGCCAGAUUACUACAAAUUUUAUAACAGCCUUAUUAACCACUCCCCUAUGGAGACUGACAAUACAGAGACAUUGAAAUGUAAUUCUAACAUGUGAUUUCAUUGGAAGAAAAGUUGUCUCCCCUGCCUCAUCCAUAUUCAUUAAAAUGAGAUUUUGUUAGUCAAUUUUCCCAUGAUAUCAUGGAGUGUAAUGGAAGUGUCGUGGUUGCCAAGAUUGUCGGUCAAGGUGCAUGAUGACAUGACAAGUAUAAAUUUUAAUAAGUGAAAUUAUUAUGAUUUAAUGUUAAAUAUAAUAUUGUGUUGUUGGAAUGAUAAAUACACAUAAUUAAAAAAAAUCAUAAUACCAUUGUGAUGCAAUAAAUUGUUCAUAAAA